AUGACGGGGAGACGAGGGUUGGCUGUGUUCCUGGUGCUGUGUCUGGUCAUGAACGCGGCGUGCGUGCCGGCAUCCUACCUGCGGCCUCGGAGGGGACUCUCCGAUAAUAAAGUUGACUCUAAGGAAUCUAAGGACGAUAAGGGCACAAGUGUUGACAAGGAUUCUGAUGAUGACGACUUCGAAGCAGAGUUCAACAAGAGCCCGCCACCGCCGGCCGGAGGGGGCGGCAGUAAUAUUUUCAGCCUGCUGAACCUGGCCAGCGCGCUGUUCCCCGCCUCCUCGAGUAGUGGUGGCCUGUCUGGAGGCACUUCUUCUAGCUUUGAAAACUAUAAAACUGAUUACAAACACAAUUUACCAUCCCACCUUCAAUUUCAGGUAAAAAACAACAACUUAAUAGUUAAAAAGUUGAUCCAAGACCUCGUUCGUCUAAACCGGGUCCAAGUAAAACUAAUACAAGACCGUAAAGACAUAGCAGACAAUGAGAUAGACAUCGACUAUACGGUUGACUUAAAACCUCCUCCUUUCCAAAAGCAAGAGAUUGAUGAGACAGAUAGUGAGAGUGAUGAGAGCUCAGAAUCAGACGAGGAUAAUGGAGCUGAGGAGAGCGUGGAGCGGGAGAGUACGGAGAAUGGUGGGUCCAAGCAGGACUCGGCAUCGAACAGUGAUGAUAAUGACUCGGAUUAUGAUGAGCCGCCCGAAGGGGAUGGCCAAGGAGGCGGCAUUUUAGGCCUGCUCGCUGGACUUAGUGGUGACGGCGAAUCAGACUUGGGUACUUUACUGGCGACGGUCGGUGGAAUAGUCGCUAAUUUGAGUGGAGACGGUGUGGAUAUUAACGCUUUAAUAGCGACUGGGUUAGGGCUCUUUGUCGGAUUGUUGUCUGAAGGUGCAGAAAACCCCGGAGAGAUAAUAGCAAGCUACCUGCUGACGUCACUCGACACUUUAACGGGAGGUGGAGCGAAAAAUAACGGCGAAUUCUUCGGAAAGUUUUUGUCGAAACUGGUGAAGGGGACAAGUGCUGGGGGUGAUCCCGAUGCCAGUUCUUCAGAAGAGGCUAAUGGCAUGAAGAUGACCGACUCAGCUGGUUUCUUUGCCAGCCUGCUGAUGGGACUACUGGGAGAUAUGUCCAAAUCCAGUUCCGGUGGAUGGCAUUAAUUUAGGAAAACAACUUAAGAUUGAAAAUUAAAUAAGAUUUGAUUCUACAAGCCAAUGCAACGUGUGUUAUGUGCAAGCAGUAUUAUAAUGGAGAUUUUAAUGUGCAAUAUUUGUGUAGCUCUACUCUAUGUAUGGCUUUUAAUACUCAGUGAAAGCGAUAUCUUUAAUAUUAGGAAUUUUCUAGAGACCUUAAAUCGUCAUUUGGACUAUGCGAGAAAUAUCAUGCAAGUUGCAAUACAUUGCUGGCCAAGCUGUAGUAUAAAAUGUAAAAGGUAUAUCAUAGCCGGAAAUGUAUUGCAACUAGGACGAUGUUUCUCACGUCGCAUAAAUGAGGGUGUACUUUAGAAUUUGUUGUCGAUUAAACUGUUAACUAUUGCUAGUAUAAGUUUAUCUUAGUAUUUUCCUACCGUUUCAAAUAUAAAUUAAAUACCGAAAUCAUUUGCAAGAUAUUUAUUCCAUUCCAUUUCAGAUACAAAGAGUAAGUAUACAGUAGAUUAAUGAAGUUUCUUAUAAUUAAUGGAGGCCGUUUGGAAAAGGCAAACAUUGGCAACCAAUCGAUACCGAUCACCAUUCUCAACAACAUUUAUCUACCAUAUUUUGUGCCCAUUAACAAGGCAGACAACUGCAACCUCUGAUGAAUAGACUGAAAACAGCCCAUUCCCUUUUAAACCCGAAAUAAAAUCAAUUCGAGAUCGAUUUAAUUAAAAUCGUUU